UCUUCUGGCAUACUUUUGCCGGUAGAGAAUUUAGUUCUCUUCCCCAGGAAUCAGUGGCAUCAUCCCCUCUCUAGAAAAACAACAUGAAGAUGAACCCAACGUCCUACUGGGGCUCUCUCCUCCAAGCGUUGUUUCCCUUGCUACUUUUCUCUUACUCAUUCGCUCAGCCAUCCUUGGCGCUAGACACAACAGAGCAGUACCUUGAGUGCAACGCGACGCGCAUGCUCACCUGUGGUGAUAUUCACACCGAGAUCAAGUUCCCUUUUUGGACAGAAGAUCGGCUGGAUUACUGCGGUCAUCCAGGCUACCAACUCACAUGCGACCCUGAAAAUAAGACUCUGUCGAUGAACAUCGGUGAUAAGUCAUAUCAUGUAAGGGAGAGGAUUGACUAUGAGAACCAAUCCCUGGCCCUCAUAGACGCAGAUCUCUCGGCCGCCGUUACUACCACCAGUUUUUGCCGCCCUGAAAAGAUUACAAACACCACCAUCAGCAGCCUCGAAUCAUCCUUCUUGAUAUACGGAGACAACGACACUAAUGUCACCUUGUAUCUCAACUGCAGCAUCUCCACCAUCCUGAAUCUCAAUAAAUUCUUCCCCAUCCCCUGCACUUCUUAUUUCCCUGAUUUCUUCGGACAGAAGGCGUUCUUCACGUUGGCAAAGGAACAAAUAGAAAUCCCUGAGAAUGAGCAGUGCAACGCGACCGUGUUGAUUCCGGUGUAUGAUCAAUUCAACCUGGGUGAUUUUAUAACUGGAGCGAAGAAUUUUAGUGAUGUGAUGAAGGCGGGGUUUGGUGUGAAGUGGACCAUCGGGCAGGACUGGUGCGACAAAUGCACAAAGUCCGGUGGGCUCUGCGGUUCCAAUGACAUUAACCCGGCCUGCUUCUGUCCAGUCGGCAUGACUAUCGGCACCAUCUGCAGUCACGGCAAGAACAGGACAGUCAUGAACAAGCAUAUAAUUAUAGGUGUUGUAUCGGGCGUUGGCAUCAUCUUAGCACUUUGCUGCCUAUACUUGUAUUGCUGGUUUCGCCGUAAGAGGCAGCAACACUCCUCAUCCACUCUUUACGAAGAAGAGGCUGUGGUGGCACAAAUCUCAUCAAGCCCGGUAAAGAUACGGUCAAAGGCCUACGAAAAAGCAGAGAUAAAGAAGAUGGAAGCCAAAUCUACCCAGUUCACCGGCAAUAGAGUUCUUCCCUUGAAUCGAAGAGAUGGAGAUGUCCAGUCCUUCAUUGUUGCCGGUUGUUGGCGAUUGCAACUUCGCAAAUCCGAGGUGAAGUGUUUGCAUUCGCUCGACACACGCAAUCCACAGUCGACAUUAGUUUGCCAGUUGAAAUCUUUAAUGUUGAAGAGCGGGCAAAUAGCAUCAAUCUGA